AUGAUGAAACAACCUUCUCAAGAUGCUCAACCCUCUAGUUUUUCCACUGCUCCAGCUACCACUACCACUCCAACUACCACUGCUACUACUACUACCACAAAAACACCAACCACCAAAUCAACCACAUCCAUUGUAGCAGUUGUUUCAACACCACCUCCACCCUCGACUACAACAAUUGUUACUCCAUCUUCUGUUGCUUCACAAAUACCUACAUCUACAACUACUCCUACAACUGAGACAAUAACUAUUCAUAAUGUGGAGUCAGACUCAGACCAAGAGGAGGUUGAGCCAACACCAAAGAAGGUAGAACCUAAAAAGAGAAAAAGAAUGACUCCUAGUGCAGAGAAACAAAGGGAGCCUAUCAUGCAAAAGGUAUCUGAACUUCCACAUGUAACUCCUAUAGAUGUAGAUGAUCAGGGUCCACAAGAGUAG